AUGCAAUGCAUUGCCCAAAUACCUUGGACAUUUCGUGCUUCACCUUCACUAAAGCCAGAGUCCAAGAUAGUGUUUAAAUCCAAACGCCCUGUACGCUACGCUGCCAUCAAAUCAGUCGACGCUGAACUAGACCGAUUGGAACAAUCUGGUGUCAUCAAACCGAUCAAUUACUCAUCAUGGGCAGCUCCGAUUGUGGUCGUCAAGAAACCCAAUGACAAGGUGCGCAUUUGUGCAGAUUUCUCAACGGGUCUGAACGCCUCACUAGAAGAUCAUCAAUAUCCACUUCCAAUACCAGAAGACAUUUUCGCCAAACUGAAUGCUGGUAUCUGUUUCGCCAAACUUGACUCAUCAGAUGCAUAUCACCAAGUGAGCGUUGCUGAUGACUCAAAGGAACUACUCACGAUAAACACUCAUCGCGGUUUGUUUCAGUACAAUCGUCUGNGAACGCCUCACUAG